UGAUUAUGCCAGAAAUAUUAGUAGCUGGCUAGCUGCUGACAAUUUGAGCUUGAAAUUCAUGGAUUUUUCAUUUUCUGAGUUUAGUGGGAUGUAUGGAUUAGCUUGAUUAGCUGGAGAACACACGCUUUGGAAAAUAAACAAUUGUGAAUUUUGUUGCUUUUGGUUUGGGUUAAUCAGAUGCUAAUUGCUAGCAUCAAACUAACAGAGCUCCAGCAAAGAUGUGAAGGAAGAAAACAAAAUAAAAAUUGUUUGUUCCUCUCUGAAACAGGUAGUAAUCUCUCAGAUGAUUGUGUCAUAAGUUUCAUGAGUAUUGAACCUUGAACUUCUCGUUCAGUUUAAUUAUUUAUUCAAUGUUUCAAUAAUCUAUUUCUCUCUAAAGGCUGAAGUUACAUUUGGCGCUUGUUCAAAUAUCCUCUUUAAAAGAUGAAAAUACUCAGCAACUGCGGAAUAAAACUUAAAUGGGCCUCAGGAAGAAGGGGUGCUUAUACAUGGAUAUGGCCAACUUUUCAGCUCAGUCAUCACAGUUCUCUGAGAUCAGUGCAGCAGUUUGCCUGCUCAAAUGCAUACCAUGAUCACUGGAACAGGGAAGGCUCUUAGAUUGCUGGAUAUGUUAUAAUUGUGGGACUUUUAUGUUCCUUGGAUUCAGCAUUCUUUCAGAUGUGAGCAGAGGAUUUAUGUUUUGGGUAAGUAUUUGAACUAAUGGCUCCAAUUCGCUCCACUGGGUUUGUCGAUCCUGGUUGGGAUCAUGGUGUUGCUCAAGAUGAGCGAAAGAAGAAGGUCAGAUGCAAUUACUGUGGGAAAAUAGUUAGUGGUGGCAUAUACAGAUUAAAGCAACAUCUAGCACGAGUUUCUGGGGAAGUAACUUACUGUGAAAAGGCUCCAGAAGAAGUCUACCUAAAAAUGAAGGAAAACCUUGAAGGAUGCCGUUCCAAUAAGAAACAAAAACAAGUUGAGGCACAAGCAUAUCUGAAAUUCCAUUCUAAUGAUGAGGAAGAUGAGGAAGAGCGAGUUGGUUAUAGAAACAAAGGGAAGCAAUUGAUGGUUGAUAGAAAUGUUUCGGUAAAUUUGACUCCUCUUAGAUCAUUAGGAUAUGUUGACCCAGGGUGGGAGCAUGGCACUGCUCAGGAUGAGAGAAAGAAGAAAGUGAAGUGCAAUUAUUGUGAAAAAGUUGUCAGUGGAGGUAUAAAUCGGUUUAAACAACAUCUGGCAAGGAUUCCUGGAGAAGUAGCACCUUGUAAACAUGCCCCCGAGGAGGUUUAUCUUAAAAUAAAAGAGAAUAUGAAAUGGCAUCGCACUGGAAGGAGGCAUCGACGACCUGAGGCCAAGGACUUUCCAGCUUUCUAUUCAAAGUCAGAUAAUGAAGAGGAAGAAGAUGAUCAAGUUGAUGAUGCUCUGCAUCAUCUGUCCAAGGAAACUAUGGUAGAUGUUGAUAAGAGAUUGUCUAAAGAUUUAAGAAAGAACUUCAAGGGAUUCUCAUCUAGUAGUGGUCCUGAACCAGUAUUAAGAAGAUCAAGAUUGGAUUCUGUUUAUCUGAAAAUGCCUAAGAAUCAGACGCCUCAAACUUACAAACCACUAAAAGUUAAGACAGGCCCCACUAAAAAAUCACGCAAGGAGGUCAUUUCCACAAUUUGCAAGUUCUUUUAUCAUGCAGGGGUUCCUUUACAGGCUGCAAACUCCAUAUACUUUCACAAAAUGCUGGAAGUAAUUGGUCAAUAUGGCCAAGGACUGAUAUGCUCUCCAAGCCAACUUAUUUCUGGUCGGUUUCUUCAGGAGGAAAUCAAUACAAUUAAGAAUUACCUAGUUGAAUACAAGGCUUCUUGGGCGUUUACUGGUUGUUCUAUAAUGGCAGAUAGUUGGAGAGAUACUCAGGGUAGGACUUUAAUUAACUUUCUGGUUUCUUGCCCUCAUGGUGUUUACUUUGUUUCUUCAGUUGAUGCCACUAAUGUUGUAGAAGAUGCAUCAAAUCUAUUUAGGCUUCUAGAUGAAGUGGUGGAAGAAAUAGGCGAGGAGAAUGUAGUGCAGGUAAUUACUGAAAAUACCCCCAGCUAUAAAGCUGCUGGGAAAAUGCUUGAAGAGAGGAGAAGGAACUUAUUCUGGACCCCGUGUGCCACCUACUCUAUUGAUAGGAUGCUUGAAGAUUUUAUGAAGAUAAAAUGUGUUGGAGAGUGCAUGGAAAAGGGCCAAAAAAUUACGAAGCUCAUAUACAAUCAAAUAUGGUUGUUAAAUCUCAUGAAGAAUGAAUUUACUCAGGGACAGGAGCUUCUGAAGCCAGCUGGCACCCGAUAUGCCUCUAGCUUUGCUACAUUACAAAGCUUGCUGGAUCAUCGGGUUGGUCUGAGACGAAUGUUCACAUCAAACAAAUGGAUUUCAUCUAGGUUCUCCAGCACAAUCGAAGGAAAAGAGGUGGAAAAAAUUAUCUUGAAUGUUACUUUCUGGAAGAAAAUGCAAUACGUCAGGAAGUCAGUAGACCCAAUAAUGCAAGUACUCCAAAAGCUUUACAGUGGCGAAAGCUUGUCAAUGCCAUACAUAUACAAUGACAUGUACAGGGCUAAACUUGCAAUCAAAGCCCUUCACGGUGAUGAUGCUCGUAAAUAUGAACCAUUUUGGAAGGUGAUAGACAACCACGGGAACUCUCUUUUCUAUCACCCUCUUUAUUUGGCUGCAUACUUCUUAAAUCCAUCAUACCGAUAUCGUACAGAUUUUGUGGCGCAUUCUGAGGUAGUACGUGGACUUAAUGAAUGCAUUGUGCGGCUGGAGCCAGAUAAUAUGAGACGGAUUUCAGCAUCAAUGCAGAUUUCUGAUUAUAAUUCUGCGAAGGCUGAUCUUGGAACUGAAUUGGCAAUUAGCACUAGAACAGAGCUUGAACCAGCUGCUUGGUGGCAACAACAUGGAAUAAGUUGCUUAGAACUGCAAAGAAUAGCUGUGCGCAUACUAAGUCAGACAUGUUCAUCCUUUGGGUGUGAGCAUGAUUGGAGUAUAUAUGAUCAGAUAUAUAGUAAAAGGUGUAAUCGUUUAUCACAGAAGAAACUGAAUGAUCUCAUCUAUGUUCACUACAACUUGCGACUUAGAGAAUGCCAAUUAAGAAAAAGGUGCAAGGACUCGAGCUCUGUCUCUCUUGACACUGCUCUGCAAGAGACUCUGCUUGAGGACUGGAUAUUUGAUGCGGACCUACAGAGUGCAAGUGGUGAUAAGGUCAUCGGUUUUGGAGGCGAACAAGACGAUGAAUGCGAAAAUGAUUCGAUUGAUUAUGAAGAUGGAGCUGCAAGGCCUGUGAAGGAAUGCCUUGAGCUGGUUGCCAUAGGGGAUGUAGAAUCAUUGGAUGUAGAUCAUGCUAACAUGGAUGCUGCCACCGACGAUGAAUCUGAUCUGAAUUAUUUUGAUGAUGAUCUGAGCGAGUAAUCAGGUUACAUGUAUCAUUGGUUAUUAGCACCUACAAAUAUGCUGUGAAGAAAAAUAUGAACGCCUUUCUCCUCAUAAGCCAUGUAUUGAAUAUCUAUUUUUAUCUAUUGAGAGCAAAAUCAGUUACAGAUGGAA